AUUAUUGCAUAUUAAUUUUUUAUUGACGUGAACAGAUUGCUCGCUGUUCUACGACGAGUGCCCCUGGUGCGUCGGCCUCUACCGAAUCGGCGGCGACGUGGCCCAGGGCCACCGCAUGGAGUCGGGACUGUACUGUGCGGGCGCGCUGGUGGCGCCGAGCGUGGUGCUCACGUCGGGCACGUGCGUGCGCACCGUGAGCGGUGAAAACGUGUGGGCGCGCGUGCCCCAAGCUGCCGAUCCGGCGCACCACUAUGCCGUCACCAAGAAAGUGAUUCACCCCAAUUAUAACUCUGGUACCCACGAGAACGACUUCGGGCUGUUCCUGUUGAAGGAAGAGGUGCGGUGGGAAGGGGGCCCGAUGACGGCGUGCGUGGGCCGCGGCGGCGUGCUAGCGCGGAACUGCGUCGUCGUUGGCUUUGACACCAACGAGGAACUAAUUACGACGGCGGUGUCGGUGACGGAUGGCGACUGCCCGGGCCGAAAGCGGCCUCGCAACAUACCAGACCUGGCGUGCGGUGUCAGCGCCGACGCCGCCUGCCACGCGAAGCCCGGCGGGGCGAUACUCUGCCACUCGCCCGCCGACGGACAGGGCGGAAUGGAGAUUGUUGGCGUGGCGCGAAGGAACUGCGUAGCCGGCAAUGUGCUACUGGGCAAACUGCAGCUACACAUUGAUUGGCUGCAGGAACAACUGCGCCUUCUCGGCUUCCCGCUGCUGCAAUACGAUGCCUAACAGCACGCGGCAAACCUUUCUUCUUCGUUGAAA